AUGUCUGAGGAAGGCAACGUGCCGAUCGCACGGCGGCGAUCAUCCGUUUUGCCAAGCAAGAACUCCGACCAGUUUGCAGCAUUCAUCCAAGACCUCACCCUCCAGCCGGACGACAUCAUGGUCAGCUUUGAUGUCGUCUCCCUCUUUACCAGCAUUCCCACCUCAGACGCCUGCGCCAUCGCCAAGGACAGACUUCAAGCAGACACCACUUUCCAAGACCGCACCGACCUCACCCCUGACCAGCUUCAAGAUCUGCUCCUCACAUGUGUGGACAACACCUUUGUCAUCUGGCAACAUGGGCAAGACAACCUCCAGCUCUUCUUGGAACACCUCAACAAGCUUCACAGCAGCAUCCAGUUUACCAUGGAACAAGAAAGAGAUGGCUACAUCUCAUUCCUUGACGUUGAGGUGUCCAGAAAGCCAGACGGAAGUCUUGCUCGCAGUGUCUACCGCAAGCCCACCCACACGGACAGAUACCUGCACAGCAACUCUUUCCACCACCCAAGAAUCAAGUCCUCCGUCAACCGAGCCCACGUCCGCAGAGCGUACAACGACCACCUGAUCAGCUGGAGCCAAGCAGAACUGCUCACUAGCAUCGACUGCUGGUACCCCCGACACAUCAGAGAGGCCAUCGAGAUCAUCAAGCAUAACACUGUUCCCCAAGACAUCGGUUUCAACAUCAGCGACAUCUGGCGCCCCAUCCUAAAGUCCAAGUCCGAUGGGUCUCCUAUACCCUAG